GGCGGAGCAGCGGCUCCCGUUGGCUGAGGGCGGGGGCGGUGGCCGCGCUGAAGGUGAGGCGCGGGCCUGGGGCUUCUGCCAGUGACACUCGGGCAGCGAUGGCGGCGGCGAUGCUGGGCGGCCGGGAGGUCGCGAGGCUGCUGCAGGUUUUGAAAUACACAAACCGGGGUUAUGCAUCACAGCGUACUUUAAAUGAAGUGGUCAUAGCAAGUGCAGCACGGACUCCCAUUGGAUCUUUCCAGGGAUCCCUUUCAUCGUUGCGAGCCACUGAACUUGGUUCCAUUGCAAUUAAAGGAGCAAUUGAAAGAGCAGGUAUUCCUGCAGAAGAAGUGAAGGAAGUGUAUAUGGGUAAUGUCCUGCAGGCUGGACAAGGACAAGCUCCAGCAAGACAAGCACUACUGGGUGCAGGUUUACCAAUCUCUACUCCUGCUACAACUAUCAAUAAAGUUUGUGCUUCUGGAAUGAAGUCUGUCAUGAUGGCAGCACAGAAUCUGAUGUGUGGAAAUCAGGAUGUGAUGGUGGCUGGCGGGAUGGAGAGCAUGUCUAAUGUUCCCUAUACAAUGAACAGAGGGGCAACACCUUACGGAGGAGUAAAGCUGGAAGAUUUGAUUGUAAAAGAUGGCUUGACUGAUGUUUACAACAAAAUCCACAUGGGUAAUUGUGCUGAAAAUACUGCUAAGAAGCUUACUGUUUCACGAGAGGAGCAAGACACUUAUGCUAUAAAUUCUUAUACUAGGAGCAAGACAGCCUGGGAAUCAGGAGAACUGAUAAAGGAAGUUGUUCCUGUCACUAUUUCACAAAAAGGGAAACCAGAUAUAGAAGUGAAAGAAGAUGAAGAGUAUAAGCGUGUUGAUUUCAGUAAAGUUCCAAAGCUGAAGACUGUUUUUCAAAAAGAAAAUGGAACAGUAACUGCUGCCAAUGCCAGCACACUGAACGAUGGAGCAGCUGCUUUGGUUGUGAUGACCUCCGAGGCAGCCAAGAGACUUAAUGUCACACCACUUGCAAGAAUAGUGGCUUUUGCAGAUGCUGCUGUUGAUCCUAUUGACUUCCCAAUUGCACCUGCGUAUGCUGUUCCCAAGGUUCUUAGUGAUGCAGGAUUGAAAAAGGAAGACAUUGCGAUGUGGGAAAUCAAUGAAGCAUUCAGCGUUGUAGUCUUAGCCAAUAUUAAAAUGCUGGGUAUUGAUCCACAGAAGGUGAACAUACAUGGAGGUGCUGUGUCUUUGGGACAUCCAAUAGGAAUGUCUGGAGCGAGAAUUGUUGGUCACAUGGCCCAUGUGCUGAAGCAAGGACAGUAUGGUCUUGCAGGAAUUUGUAAUGGAGGAGGUGGUGCUUCUGCGAUUCUGAUCCAAAAGCUGUAGUCUGGCUGGCUGUUGAAAAUACCAAACCUUAAAAUUAUAUGAGCAAAAUAAUCUGAGUGGUGGUGGCAGUUACAUUAUUUAUGGAUUUGCAGAUAACACCCACUUUAACUGUUGGUUUUCUAUAGUAUUUCUCUAAAACCUUGAUCAGUCAUGCUCACAUCUGUGUUGCACUAAAUUAGUUUAAAGUAAGUGUUUUUUACAUAGUGUGAACUAAAACUUAUCAAAUUAUGGUAAACUACAAGUUGUCAUUAGACAAAGACUGUAUGCCUACUCGGAAUGUAGCUGUUCUGUGGAUGAUUCACAAAGAUCCCCACCAGUAAUUAUUUGAAUGAAAAUUGUUUUCUUUGGUGGGUAAUGAAUUGAUAUUAAAUCAUUCAUAGCUCUUAGCAUGGA